CUAUGACUGGCGUGAUGGCGUCAAGCAGCAAUGAGUUGAUUAGUUUUUUUUCCUAUUGCCGUUGUUGAUUAUUGUUGAGCCAAUACUUAUUGUUAAAGGUAUAUUUGAUACACUGGGCAACAAUUGCCCUUGUUUCAGUGAUUUAAAGGAAUAGUGGCUUUGUUGGCACUUGAAACGAAAUGGCAGUUUCAAAAUCAACAAACACGUACAAUCGCCAAAAUUGGGAAGAUUCGGACUUUCCAAUCUUGUGCCAGACAUGUCUUGGUGAUAACCCUUACAUACGUAUGACAAAAGAAAAAUAUGGCAAGGAAUGUAAAAUUUGUGCAAGGCCAUUCACUGUGUUUCGUUGGUGCCCUGGCGCGAGGAUGCGUUUUAAGAAGACGGAAAUAUGUCAGACUUGUUCUAAACUAAAGAAUGUUUGCCAAACGUGCCUUCUGGAUCUCGAAUACGGAUUACCGAUUCAAGUUCGAGACGCCGCACUUAAAAUACAAGACGAUCUACCUCGUAAUGAAGUUAACAAAGAAUAUUAUAUUCAGAAUUUAGAUAGUCAAAUGUCCAAGUUUGAUUCAACACAGCCGAGCAAUUCUGCUUUAAAGUCAAAAGGUGCUAACGAUUUGUUGCUGCGCCUGGCAAGAACUGCUCCAUACUACAAACGGAAUAGACCACAUGUUUGCUCAUUCUGGGUAAAAGGGGAGUGCAGGCGAGGUGAAGAGUGUCCGUAUCGCCACGAGAAACCCACUGAUCCUGAUGAUCCACUUGCAGACCAAAACAUCAAGGACAGAUAUUAUGGAGUAAAUGACCCAGUGGCCGAGAAGUUGAUGCGCCGUGCAGCUGCCAUGCCAGCUCUGCCACCACCGGAAGAUAAGACUGUCACUACUUUAUACAUUGGCAAUCUACCUGACAAUAUUAGUGAAGAUGAGCUUAGAGGUCAUUUCUAUCAAUAUGGAGAAAUAAGGUCUUUAACUUUAGUGCCACGAGCACAAUGUGCCUUUGUACAAUACACAACGAGGAGUGCUGCAGAGCAUGCUGCUGAAAAGACAUUUAAUAGAUUGGUCAUUGGUGGUAAAAGACUAACCAUCAAAUGGGGCAAAUCUCAAGGACGCCAGGGUGGUAACGAGAAGAAUGAAACUGCGCCAGUUUUAGAGCCGGUCCCUGGUCUGCCAGGCGCUCUACCCCCACCGCCAGCCUACUUGCAUCCAUUCCCACCACAGAUGCCGCCUCCACCGAACCGUCCAAAUGACUUCUUCAACUUGCAUCAUUAUGGUGGCGGAGGCUGGCCUAGUUGGGGUGGAGGUGUGCCUGGAGUGCCUGGUGUUCCCGGAGUCCCUCCACCGCCCGCCCCUCUAGCGCUCCACUACCCUAGCCAAGAUCCUGCCCGGCUGGGUGCACAUGCACAUGCUAACCAACCACAAACAUAAUAUCUAAGUAUCUAGCUCAGUACUUGUAAUUCGUCGUCAUAUAAAACGGGUUAAUCACAGCAAACAGCAAUGUGGUGUCUAUAACUAGUGUUAUAGAUGAUAUACACUUCGUCC